UAAUGUCGUAUUCUUAUUCGUCAGUUUUCUGGAUCUCACUAAAUUAUUUUCUGUAAGUAAAUUCCACUUUGUUUUAAGUUCAAUUUUUCUAAUAUAUGAAAGGUGGACGCAUGAUGGAUAACAGUACCAUGAUCGCAAACUUAUCUGAACCAAACCUUGAGACCAGUGGUCCUCCUAGUAUAUUGUACUAUAUAAUGGGAUUCUGGGCCCUGGGAACGGGUACAACUGGAUUUCUAGCAAAUAUUCUUGUUAUUCUUGUCUUCUGUAUAACUCCUAAGUUAAGAACACCGUUUAACUACCUGCUAAUGAACCUGUCUGCUUGUGAACUAGUUAUAUCUGUAACUGGAAACUGGCUUCUUGCAGCAAACUCGUUUAGCAGGAGAUGGUUGUUGUCUGCUAGGGCCUGUCAAGUCAAUGCUUUCGGAAUGACUUACUUAGGAAUUUUAUCCAUCGUAACCUUGACGGUUUUAGCUAUACAACGGUAUAUGAUGAUCACUCAGGAUAGACAGUUCCCUCUGUCUACUAACCUAUCUACCUGUAUGACCCUGGUUCUGAUUUGGGUGUAUACCCUGGCUAUCGCCCUCCCUCCCUUCCUGGGCUUCGGGGAAUUCGGACUAAAUACACUGAAAGUGUCUUGUGGAGUUGUUUGGGACUUUAACAUCAAUGCUGAUCAUUACAAGGUUGAGUACAUGGUGUACAUAUAUCUGCUUGGAUUUCUGAUCCCCCUGAUGAUAAUAUUCUACUGCUACACAAAAAUUAUGAAAGCUGUCAAAUCGUCUGGAAUGAAUGGCCUCCUGGAAAAUGACGCGAAGCGCCGAGCGAAAAGAAGAAGAGAUCGUAAGAUAACAAAUAUGGUUGCAAUUAUGCUUGCUGCUUACUUGAUCACGUGGUUUCCUUACGCCAUAGUUUCCAUAUCAGAAGCAGCUGGGUACAAACCCUACAGUUCUCUAACAUUUGCAAUUUAUGCUCUACCAACAAUGCUGGCCAAGGUGUGUGUUUGCCUCGAUCCCCUCAUAUAUUUCGGCUUUAAUCCCCAGUUUCAAGACGAAGUGAGGAAAUACUGGAAUAAACAAGUAAUCAACCUGGAAGUAUCUUUUCAAGGAUCAAAAGAAACCCCGAGAGCACCUUCAACGCUCGUGUCCCCAGCAACAGAGUUUAUUGAAGCAACCUCUGUGGUUUAAACAGGAGAAAAGAGAUGAAGAAGUCAUCAGUUUAAAGGAUCUUCUAAGAUGGGGAGGUUUUCAGUGAUGUACUGUGCCGUUUAUGUGUCUAUAGCCUGUCUGUUAUAACUGUACAUUGUACACAACCUGGUCUAGCGGCCUAAAAAUUGAGCCGGUACAUCAACUGAACCGAAGUUUUCAGUGUGCCAGGGGUACUGUGGAGUUAAAUAUUGAAUAUUUGCAUCCAAUCUGGAUUUCGCAGAUUACUUCUUAAAAGCUAAAACAAGAAACUCCUACUUCACCGUAAUGAAAUCCUGAUCAAGGGCUAUACACAAGUCGAAAAAGUUGAAAAUUUUAGACCUGAAAGCUAUCAAUAAUCAGCCCGGUCUUAUAAGUUUGUGAAUAGUUUCUGUACUGUAGAGUGUAGAAGGUAGAUUGCAAUGAGAGUGGACAGAAUAAAACCAAGUCCAAAUUACUCUUAAAAUAUGUGUAAAGAUAUUGCUACCUUGGAACUGUACUUUCAAAUUUUUCGUUUAGGUGUCUAAAGCAAGAAAUAUAUUGACAUAUUUUUUCAUUUUAGAAAAAAAAACUUUUAUAUCAAAUAUUACAAAUAUUAUC